AUGACGAGACCGUCAAAACCGAAACUGGUUUUGCUCGGAGAUGCAAAUCCUAACUCAUCUGCAAACAACGAUUUUGUGCAACCUCCAUCUAUUUUCCACUUUUAUCCGGAUGUGGAAAUUACGCUUUACUGCUCAACUCCACGAUAUCAACUGUUUUGUGAGCGAGCAGAUCAAAUUGCCAAUGGUGUGCGAAUAAUUCGUACGGCAUUCCGGGCUAUUUUACACUUGAACAGAGAUAAAGAAAGUUCCCAUGAGGUUGUUUUACCGCAUACCAUGCGAACAACACCACCCAUGAGACAUUUAAAUUCAACUGACCCAGACAAGUUACAUUAUGCCUGGAGGUUUCGCUUACGACGUGAGUAUAGUGGAGCCUACGUCACCUGUGAGGUACAACCAGAACUUAUUCCACCCAUCCUCGUUCCAGCAGCAUAUUGGGAUUGGUUGUCCUCAGAAUUCAGUCCACAUCGAAUUCAGCAGAUGAUCAGUGUUUCCGAUCCAAUCGCACUCCAUUUGUACAUCGAAUCCGGUUAUAUUCAGAUAAUUCCCGAGCCCACUCGGCACGCAGGAGAUCCGGAAAUCAGUUCUGUUGUGCUCCAGCCCACACAAACGUUGAGUUGCCAGACCAAUAUAGCAACAGAAAACGGUCCAAAUUUAACAAUCUAUCCAAUACUGAACAACAAAAUUGAGCUGGCCGUGAGAUCCGAUUUAUCCGCAUCUUCAAUGUGGCUGGACAAGGGACGAGCGACUCCAGAUUGGGCUAGGAUUUCUCACACGAAACUUGUGCGCUUGUAUGUGCCUGCGGAUCCAAAAGUGUUUGGCACCUAUCUGAUAUAUUGUGCUGUUCCCGGCACGAAGUUCAGUAGGGUGAGUUGA